GUAUAUAAGCAGGCAGUGCUUAGCCUGAUCGUCAGAGCUAACUACAACAAAGCACCACAACCUCGUAUUCAGAUUUCUAGAUAGACAGGAUCAGAUUAACCAGGAGAUGAUGCAGGCCGCCGUUGCUUUGUCGGCCGUGCUGCCUGUCGCCGUAAGGGGCAGGUCGGCGGCGAGGAGGAGCAGCGCCACCGUUGCCGGCGGCGGCAGAAGGACUGUGGGUGCCGGCGUCCGGGCAUCGGCGGCGGCGGCGCCGGAGGCGGACUACAGCUCCAGCGUCUCGGUGUUCCCCAUGGAGGCCUGCGACCUGGUCGGCGGCGAGGCGUGCGACGCGCAGAUGUACCCGGAGACGAAGCUCGGCGCCGGCGCGGGCGGCCCGGCGGCCGCGGCGAGGGCGCCGGAGGUGGAGAGGGAGUACCUAGCCUACGACGAGCCAAAAACGGUGUUCCCGGACGAGGCGUGCGACGAUCUUGGCGGCGAGUUCUGCGAGGCGCCCUACCAAACCACCAAGUAGCUACCUACCAGCAGCAGUGCAUCCAUCAAGUUGCGCUUCUUCUUAGCAGGGGUCGAUCGAUGUACAUCAUGUGAAUAAUAAGCAAAACAUGCUGGUACGCUGUGUGUACUGUAUUGCACAUAAACGAAAUGCAGUGAUCAAUUCGUCGUCGGAUUA